AAACUGAAUUUUGGGGACCCUCAGGAGGACAAAACCCACCACCAAUGCUGCCCCAGCGUCCCUGCUUUACCUGGCAGUGCUUUAUCACAUGGCUGUGUGUCCAGGGGGCUUCACCAAUCCCACCUUUCCAUUUCUGGUAGGAGUUCAGGACAAAACCCUUCUGUGAAACAACCAUCCCCUGGCAAACCACUUUGCUUUAUUUUUGUAUUUAUCUAAGUGGGGGUAGAGGAUUGUUUUAUAUAAAAACCUUUUAUGUGUUGGGGGGGAGAAUCAAAUACGCUACUUCUGUGGGCUCAGCCACGAAGCUUCUCAGAAAGUGUAAAGGAUUUUCCAAGCUGUGUCUGUCUGUCUGUCCUGCAGUUCCCUUCUGGCAUCUCCUGUUCACGCGUCCCUUCUAUAAACUGGCAUUUUUUAAAAGAGAGAUUUUUUGGGUUGUUUUUUCAAUAAAAGGGAAGAACAGACAUCAAACGUGUCCUGGAGCAUCUCUGGGGUGUUUCAUGCCUGGGGAGGGAAUCCCAGUUCACAAAAUCCUCAGGGCUGGAAGAAUCCUGGCAUUCCCGUGGCACCACCACAAUCUUGUCACCUAACCCUCGUCCCCAGGUGCCGCAGGACGAGGAUGACUCCUCUUUUUAUCUUGCAGAGCUGGUUGGGCCUGGCUGCCUCACCUCAGGAACCCCCGGACGGACCUUCCUGGUUUUCCGGCCCUCCCUGGCCACACCUGUCCCACCGGGGAGCUCGGCAGGGGACUCUCCUGGCAUCCCAGGCAGGAUCCUGCCUCCAUCCUUCUCCUGGCUCCCUCCUGCCUGCCGGGGAGAGGCUCGGGACUCCUCGGCAACGCCUCCACCAUCAAUCUUCUCCUGGCAUCCCACCAUUCCCCCUGGCCAUUCCAGGAGCGAGGAGCGCAUCACCUGCUCACACCUGCACAGGUCCCAGGGGGAACCUCAGGGCGGCCACCAUGUCCCAGGCCACCACCUGCCUCAAGCAGCAGGGGGAUGGCGGGCAGAGCCCCCCUCCGCUGCCAUCACCACCAGUAUCCCCGCACAUUUUCCCUCCGGAGACGCUGUUCCGACAGGCAGGUGGGGUCACCUACCGCAUCCCCGCUCUGCUCUACGUGCCCCCGGAUGAUUCCUUCCUGGCCUUUGCCGAGAAGCGCUCCUCGCCCCUCGACGAGGAUGCCAAGUACCUGGUGCUGCGGCGGGGCCGCCGGCACGGCUCCUCGGUCAAGUGGGGUCCCACGGAGGAGCUGUCGGCGCUGGCGCUGCCCGGCCACCGCACCAUGAACCCCUGUCCCCUCUACGACGCCAGGAGCGGCACCGUCUUCCUCUUCUGCAUCUGCGUGGAGCAGGGGAAGACGGAGCAGUGCCAGAUCUGGAGCGGCUGCAGCGCCGCCCGCCUCUGCUUCGCCACCAGCGCCGACGGCGGCCGCGGCUGGAGCGCGCUGCGGGACGUGACGGACGAGGCCAUCGGCGCCGACCUGUCCCGCUGGGCCACCUUCGCCGUGGGCCCGGGCCACGGCGUGCAGCUGGACUCGGGGCGCCUGGUGGUGCCCGCCUACACCUACUACGUGCACGGCUGCCUGUGCGGGGCCCUGCGGCUGCCCUGCUUCACCCGCCAGCACUCCCUCGUCUUCUACAGCGACGACGGCGGGCGCCGCUGGCACAAGGGCGCGCUGCUGGGCGGCGAGCGGACGGGCGAGUGCCAGGUGGCGGAGAUCCGCGGCCCGCGGCAGCCGCCCGUGCUGUACUGCAGCGCCCGGGCGCCGCGGGGCUGCCGGGCCGUGGCGCUCAGCACCGACCGCGGGCUGUGCUUCCAGCGGCCGGUGCCGUGCGCGGCCCUGGGCGAGCCGCCGCGGGGCUGCCAGGGCAGCGUGGUCAGCUUCGCCCGUUCCGCCGCGGCGCCCACCUGGCUGCUCUACUCGCACCCCACCGACCGGCAGCGCCGGCGCGAUCUGGGGCUCUACGUGAACCCCUCGCCGCUGGACGGGGCGGGCUGGCGGCGGCCCUGGGUGCUGCACGCCGGGCCGGCUGGAUACUCCGACCUGGCCGUCUGCCCCGGCGGCCUCUUCGGGUGCCUGUUCGAGUGCGGCGCCAGCAGCGCCUGCGAGGAAAUCGCCUUCUGCCUCUUCGCCCUGGAGCCCUCCGGCGAGCAGGAGCUCAAGGCUUCCUAAAAUAGACCCGUUUUAGGCAGCGCGGCCGCUCCUGAGCACUCCAGCGAGCGCAGCAGCGCCGAGAGCUCACCGGGACAUGGCGAGGGCGCCAGAGGCUCAGCAUCGUCUCCCUUUUAUUUAAUUAUGUCUUUUUAAUCGCCCGUCAGAUGUUGUCGGUGACCUGCGGCAGUGCGGGAUCUGCUCUGGCUUGGCCAAGGGGGAUGCCAGCACAGCGCACGAAAUGCCGCUGCUUCUCCAAAAAUCAGCAUUUUUCACCUGGUAGCAGCUGAAAAGCAGAAGGUGCCAGCAAGAGCAGCUGAUUCCCUGAGGAAAAAGUACCCAGGAAUCUUGGUUUAGUUAAAAAUAUUCCAGUUCCUGUGUUCCUGCAGGUGGCA